GUUCCAUCAGCAGAGCAAGUAAGGACCCCUUGUCCUCCACACUUAUGGGAUCUUCUGCUGGAUUAAUAGCUGAUAGUAUCCUUAGUUCUGUUGCACCUAGAACAUGAGCUUCUUAUGCAGCCGCAUGGAGGGAUUGGUUCAGUUCAAGAAAAAACAUCAGUGUGCUUCCUGGGUGUCCUGAAUGUUAUCCUGCUGUCUGUGAUAAUCGCAUUGGUCGUCCAAGGCUGCCCUGUCAGGAAUACUGAUGAUGAACGGAUAACAUAUUAUGAACGGAUAACUAAUAUAAAUGAAGCCAGGAACCAGAAGCCUGUCCCAUGUGAAGCUGACUGGAUCUGGUCCCGGGGAAAGUGCUACUACUUCUCAAAAAAAUCUGAUACAUGGGACAACAGCCAGAAAUUCUGUAUGUCACAUAAUGCAUCACUGGCGCUUAUAGAUAAUCAGGAUGAACUGGAUUUUUUGCUCUGGCGUAAGGGUUCAAACAAUCACUGGAUCGGUCUGAGACGUACAGAUGAUAAUAUGGACUGGAUUUGGACCAAUGGAACAUUAUACUACGAAAGCCUGUAA